AUGAGUCUGGGCAUCAUGGAAGAGGAAGACCUGGCUGAAUACUUCCGGCUUCAGUAUGGGGAGCGCCUACUGCAACUGCUGCAGAAGUUCCCCAAUAUGCAAGAACAGUCAGAUUCCCCAUCCGUCCAGCUAUUGGAAAAGAAAAAGGAAGCCAAGAUCAUGCAUCAUGCUAUGGAACAGAAGAAGGAGACAUUUAAGCGCAGAAUGGAAACCCUCAACCUGCGCUGGGAGGAAUUGGAAGUCAAGGAAGAACAGCUGAAGGCCCACAUCCAGAAAUUUGAGCAGUUCAUCCAGGAAAAUGACCAGAAACGGAUCCGGGCCCUGAAGAAAGCCAACAAGGAGCGGGAACUCAAAAGGCAGCGCCUACGGGAACUGGCUAAGGCCAAGCAGGAGAUGGCGGCCUUGCGGCUAGAGCACCAGCGGCUGAGUGUCAAGCUGCAGAACUACUCCAUCUUCAACAAGUACCUGGAAAAGGUGGUGGAGAACUCCGAGUUUGAGGAGAUCCACGAGGUGAUCGGACGCUACAAGACGUUGGUGAGCAUGCAUCAUGAUCUCAUGCAGUCAGCGCAGGAGAGCCAGGAGCAGAUAGAGCGAGCCAAGGCGCGACUGGCUCGCUACAUGGAGGAAAAGGACGACGAGAUUCUCCAGCACAACAAUGAGCUGGCGCGGCUGCAGAUGCGCUUUGACCGUGCCCGCAGCGAUGUCAUCAUCUGGGAAUCUCGCUGGGCACACAUCCAGAAUACGGCAGCCAAGAAGACUCUCUUGCUUGGUACCAUUAAGAUGGCAACGCUGAACCUGUUCCAGAUCGUGAGCAAGCAGCUAAAGGAGACAGCCCAAGUGUCCCUGGAGGACACGCACAAACAGCUGGACAUGAUCCAACAGUUUAUCCAAGACCUGUCGGACAUCUGGGCAGAGGUGAAGAGGAAGGAACAGCAGCAAAUCCGGGUGUAAGGGGGCAGCAUUGUUCCAGCAUGUUCUGAGACAGAUAUUGUGAAAAAGCAAGUUCCUGCUGAGCUUGCAGUCCAGCCAGCCCACAUCGUCUUCUGAGGACCCUUGUGACUUUCUGUUUGUGAACACCUUGCCAUUUUCCCCCAGGG